AUGUCAACUAUGCACGACGAAACCGAACAUCCAACUGUCGCAAAAGUUUGCGAUUACAUAAAAGAAAGGAGAAAACGCCGCAAGAGACUCCUGAAAGAGCUGUUCCUGGAUUUCGCGAAGAACACAACGCUUCAUGGACUGAGAUACACUACUGAGAAAGGUCUACAGGUUAUUGAAAAGGUGUUCUGGCUCAUCACGUUCCACGCCAGCGUGUGCAUAUCCUUCUACUUCAUAUACGAGGCCUGGUGGAAGUGGAGCACCAGUCCCGUCAUUGUCAGCUUUAACCAGAAGUUCAUCUCAGUAGAUGAGAUACCUUUCCCUUCGGUGACAGUAUGUCCCGAAAUGAAAUUCAAGCAAUCUGUGUUUAACUACACCCAGUUUAUGGAGGGACACUAUCUUUGUGAACAUGGACGUCUCAAAAAUGAGCAUUGUAAUCUAUUAACUUCAAGAAAAGAUAAAUUGGCAAACGCAAAUGCAUUGGGCUUGAUUUGUGAUACGAAGAGGAGCUUUGGAGUGGCAAAAAACCUUGAUCAUUUUGCUGUGAAACGUUUGCACGCAUUAUCAGUCAAUUACACAGACAUAUUACGAUCGUGGACUUGGUUAGGAACUAAAAGCAACGGAGAUGAGAGGGUCAAAAGAGUAUUAACCAAAGAAGGAGUCUGCUACAACUUUAAUGGACUGGCUGCUCAUGAAAUAUUAAGAGUGGAAAACUUGCAACGCGAAUAUAAUUACACCUUUCAUACAGCCGAAACAAAGGAUUGGUCCUUAACAAAAGGAUAUGCCAGUAAAAAUAAGAUGGCCUACCCAUUCAGAGGGACAGAAGGCAAUGGAGCACCGACGCUGUCGAUGGAAUUGAACUUCUUCGAAAAUGAAAGGGACACAUCUUGCAAUCGUCUGUACAGCGGCUACAACAUUUAUCUUCACCACCCUGGCGACCUACCACAGGCCUUGACGUACCACUUUACAGCCAACCUAGACCAACUGACAUCGUUAGCUGUUAAAGUCUCCAUCAGAACCACAAGCAACAAUUUAAAGUCGUAUCCAGUAGAACUACGUCAGUGCUACUUUCCCGAAGAUCGCUCCUUGAAGUUUUUCCGCGUGUACACCUACAACAACUGCAAACUGGAAUGUCUCACCGACUAUACUUACAGAAAAUGCGGCUGCGUUGCGUUUUACAUGCCAUUCGACGACAGCAAGUUAAUCUGCUCCGGCCGACUGAUGGAAGAAUGCGUUUCAGAAGCAGAAGGGCUAGAAUGCGCGCCGUGA